AUGGUGAGCGCUAAGAUCCACCCAGAGCUCUCUGCGUACGAAGCAGCCGUGGAGAUGCUGCACCAAUCGGCAAACUACGUCUACCAGAGUGCGCUCGCGUGGCACUUGCAGCCGCAGCUCGCCAUCGACGGCGUCGACGGUGCUCUCUCGUGGCCGAUGACGCACUAUCAAAGCCAGCAAUUUGCAGAGCGCUACGCCCACCACUGCAUCCUUCCAGCGACUUGCGUUCGCAUCGCCAACAAGGCUGCCUGGACAUCGCUUCUCCAAACGAGCUUGUUGCCCGCUGUUCAAAAGACGCUUGGUGUCACCAGCAUCCGAGUCGGGGCCGUCUACUCUCAUCUUUGCGUGGAUGCGCACGGCUCGUCGGCGAGCCUUACACCGCGACCAAACAUUGCUUACGCCUUUGGGACGCUCCUCGUCACGCUGCCGACAUCGGAAGAAGGCGGCACGAUGACAGUUGCCCGCGGCGGUCACUCGACAACGCAGUGUCCAUCGCCGUUGACGGCACAAGUCUUGGCGACGUUCUCGGAUGCAACCAUCACGUCGGCACAUAUCACGUCCCGUCGUCGCGUUGUGCUUGUCUACGCGCUGGUGGCUGUCGAUGGCGACUUCGUCAAAGUGCCGCCGACCCGCGACGCCGCCCUCGCCGCCUUGACGGCGAUCGCCGAGCGUCCGCCGCUCCGAAUGCAGCGAAUUGGCGUUCGCAUCAAGACCUGCGAUCGGUGCCGCAUCGCUUCAUUUUCGGACCUUGGGCCACAGGACGUUACUUUGGUCGACGCUCUUUUGGCGACGGGCCGCUUUGACGUGGCGCUCGUCCAGCUCAAGGCACCC